CAAGUUGUCCGCCAAACAGGUCUCUUAGUAACAAUAAAUAAAAUGAGAUUAUGGUUAUUCUAUGAUUGAUAAAUGGCUCAAUGUCAAUUUUGGAGAGUACCAAGGGUGUUGUGUAGUCUAGACAUGAAUUGUUGUCAGAAUUUGAUGUCUAGUCAGAAUUUGAUAUUGAGUUGCUUGUUCUUUUAAAGACAGGUUUUAUCGUUGCUUAUUUUUAGCUCAAUUAUUUGUUGUUUUUAUUGUUUUUGUUAUUCAAAGAAAAGAAAUAGACAUUGUGAGUCAUGUUGAAUAAUUAAGAUAUGACCUUGACCUUUAAAUGACAUUUACUGUUAAGGGCAGGUGAUUGACUUUUUCAAACCCUUGUUUCUCAUUAUAAAUCAAGUCAAAUGAAAGAAAAAUAUUUAGCUUGAAUUUGCCAGAAGGUUGGUUCUUCUAACAAAGUGUGAUUGGACACAUCAAAAAGUGUGGUCCUCUGUUGUCAAUUUUAUUGAAACAUUACUUUAAAUCUCUUAUCUCUCUGAUAAUCAAUGAAUAGUUCGAAGUUUAAAUCAGGACUUGUAAAUUGCUUUAAAUCUUUUGCGAGGGGUUAAAGAGCUAGUAAUAAGAAUGUAUGCGUUUAUGAUUUACAGAUUCAAGCAAUGCCUGCUGGUGUAGAUAACUUAAUGCUUGUAAGUCAAGAGAUCAAGCAGAGAACAUUCGCUACAGCAAACCAGGGUGGUGGAGGUGUCGACUCGUCUGGCAAGAAAUGGAAAAUCGGAGAAAUGGAGUUUGAAGCUCAGAUAAGGUUGAUGGAUAAUGCUAAUGUUGCCACAAAAUCAGUGAAGAAGGUGAAGACACCAGUUAAAUCACCUGCAAAGGCAAAAACACCAGCAAAAUCUCCAGCUAAGGCAAAAACACCAGUCAAAUCUCCAGCUAAAGCAAAAACACCAGCAAAUUGAAAAGACACCAGCAAGGACUACAAGGUAUUAAGCUUAGU